GACGGCAAGUGGAUGAAGAGAAGUUCAGGUUACAAAAGAGAUGUCCUUGUGUAGUUCAUUGUCGUCCAAAUCGAAGAGAGCCAGGAGACCAAAAACAACCAAGAAUCUACAAUAAAUUGUAAAGCCAUUAUUAAUGGUUCAACUGAGGCUUAUGACAACAGGUGAUGUGUCGCUUUGUUUUAACAAUUUAUUCCAUGUAGAAAUUUCUCUACACAUUGUUGUUAAGUUGGCCUCAAAAGGUGUUUGGUUUGCUGGAACUUUCUAUAUCCUCAAGAGGUACAUAAAUGAUCCUGUUACUCUGGCUGGCUUGUUCGCAUCAGUGGUUCUUCCCUCAGGAGUACUGAUAAAGUACCUUUGCGAAGGUUCUAUCAUUUGCGUGUUAGAAGCAAAUUAUCUGCCUGCAUGGGCUACAGGAACUGUGGCAAAAUUAUCAGAGUGGCAAGCUUCUAGAAGCAUUGAAAGAUAUUUUGAUCACAGAGGAACUAAAAGCACUAGCAGAUGGCCAAGAGAUAACAAUGAGUGUAACUCUAGAUGAGAAUAUUUACCGUGAAGCUUGUUUGGAGCUAAUGGUUGCUAAACUAAAGGUUAAUCAAACUUUCAGUAAGGUUCAGCAGAGACCACGCAGUUCAUCUGACCCUCAAACUGAUUUCUUUCAAAAACCUCGGACCACCUCCCAAGAAAAGAGCUUUCAGAUUUUGGCUGAAGUAGAGAGAUCACGACGCAAGCGGGCUGAACAAAAAUUGGAGACCAUGCUAGCUGUUCAAUCUUUAGAUCUCCUUGACUUCAGUCCCUUCACUGGCAAGAAAGGCCAAGAAACAGAUAGUGAUGAAAUUUCAUCUAUGGCCAGCAGUACAACAGAUGAGGAUCAGCUCCUUGAUCACGAGGAAGCAAAUAAUGGACUGUCUGACUUCUGGUUGCCUAUCAAAGGUGGUCCGAAAGAAAAGAGUUGGAAUGACUUUGAAAGUGCUGUUAAGGAAACAUGUUCAGAAUACCUACAGCUUGGAGGAAUUGCCUUGUUAAAAUUUCUAAUGUAUGUCCUCGUGGUCGAGUAUGAUAAGAGAGAAUACGCAACUGUCUAUCGCCAUAACUUCAUAAGACUUUCAGUGUGGUUUGGAUCUCCUAAUGAAGGAAUGCAAGGGUGCCUAAAGAAGAUGCUCCAUCUGAUGACAAAAUCAGUUUCUGUUGAUGCUGAUGGUACAAGAACAAGCUGGUUUGCUGGAUAUACAACGGAAAAAGAAGCCAAAAAGUUACUGCAAAGUGAAAAGAGUGGAGCCUUCUUGAUCCGAUUUAAAUGUAAUGGUCAACCAGGCUUUUUGCUGACUAAAAAGUCCCGUAAUGGUCUGAGCAUUGUUGAAUAUCCAAUUGAGGUCCUUGGAGACACAGGAAAACUAUCAUUCAACGAUCGUGAUUUCCCAGAUCUUCCCUCAUUGGUGACAGAGUUGCAGAAGUCAUGGAUGACAGACCUACAACCUUUUUAUUCUGUGGAAGGAUUUUGAAGAAACCCAUCCCUGAUAGAGUUGUAGCGUGGAACCAAGUUCUGAAUAAGCUAAAAGCUUUCACUUUAAGAAUAAAAAGAACCUUCAGUGAUUUAUACCCCUCAGGGUUGCCCCCUCAGAUGCAAAAAGCUGUCUGUUAUCAAUAGGAACCCUGAUAACCCCUAACAUGUCAGAUCAUUAUUUUGCAAUUUUAAAAACUACAUAAUUUCUUCAACAGCUGAAAAUUUUAUUUCAUAUAAAGGUUACACCCCAUUGAUCCCAAUAAUCUACAUAAUCCUUAUCACCUGCCUGCUUCAAAUAAUAUUGUAGUGAAUUUUUAAGAAUAGUCAUUGCAUUGAUCUCUUCAGUCAGAGUCAAAGCUGAUUAUAACAUUUUAUAUGUAGGGUUUUAAUGCACUCUGGUUCUGCCAUCAAGUUAAUAAUAAAACAUCAGUUAAUUACAUCAAAUAGACUGGUGUCAAUUGACAACAAAAUUUAAUUUCAUUGCUUUAUGGUCAAAUCAAUUGGCUUCCCCAAACAAAUUCUAGGCAUUAAUUGGUUCUUGAAUAUCAAUAUCAAUCAAUUUAUCUAAAUAUUCAUUGGUAUUGCUUGAUUGUGAUUGUCACCAAUAUUUUAUUUCAUUGAUUGGAUACCCCUGGUUUUUUUCAACCAUGGCUAGGCAGGUUCCCGGGGGAGGGGCCGGGGAACAGGUCACCCUACCUAUCCGAAGUCCUUAUGUAAACAUGGCACUCCUCGUGCAUGUCUUCAAGGACAAACGAAAAAUGUAAAUCCCUUGAUUAAUUCGAAACUUUUUAAGGCAAAGAAGAAAAUUUAAAUUAAAUCGCCCAGGAAAUCCAUCACGAGCGCGCGCAAACCAUCUAGUUGUAGCCCGCUCAACAAUUCCACUGGAAAGUUGCACGAGGUAGCUCUUCCAGUUUGAGCCCAAUUAAAUGACGUUCAACUGCAUGAGUUCCAUUGUUCUCGCUACUGUUUACAUUGAACAAAGACUGAAUGCAUAAUUAAUGUUUGGGGUUACAUGGAAUUCUUGCCCCAAGACUUUGCCAAGUCCACAUUCCAAACAACCUGUACUUCAAACGGUUUCAAACUAAAUACAGUGGCAACGAAGCAGUGAAAGAGUGAACACCGGAAACCAAUCGUGUAGUAACUUAGCUGCUGUCACCGCACACGGGAGCUCUAUCCUACACGUGACCUGAGAGAAAGGACAACGCGAACCCAUUCUCCUUACUGAAGCACUCUAUUCUUUUUUGGCCAAAUUUUCAUCGAACAUUCAUUGUUAAUGAAACCCUGAAUUAUGUAGGCAUACUGACGUUGAAAAUGUUUUAAUCAAGUAAAAGCUUCUUACGUUGGUGAUCGAUGAUCAUUACUUUGAUUUCGGCUAAUGACCCUGGUAUGUGACUUCCAGCGACACUGAAACUGUGUCUGAAACUAAAGUCUCUUCCUUUCCUUUUUUUUACCGGCCAGCGGAGCGAAGCGCAAAUCGAAAAUUUACGGUGAGCUUUUGGUGUUAAGCCUAUGCACAAUCAAGCCGUUAUUAUGUUCUCAAGAUGAACCAAACGUGACAAGUAGUAACUUACCACCUGACAUAACUAAAAUUCUCCGACCCCUCCCCCCUCCGGGAGGAUAAACAAUGACAGGUGCCUAAAACAGCAUGAAACAACAAAAUAACAAGGGCACAUCUUUGCGCCAAAUGGAGGCUGUUGUUUCUAUAUUUUUCUGCCAUUAGGCAUUUGCAUAAUAUCUGCGUCACAGCUUGCCUCACUUCCUUAAUUUUCCAGCAGUAAAGAAAAGGAUUAAUCGUUGAAUUCAAGUAAAUCAACGUGGCGGUGCAUGUUCCAGCGAUAAAAAUAGGUAGAAGUGUUCCAAUCCGAAACGCGAUGGCCUCUAUUAUU